AUGUAUAAUCCAUAUGCCCAACAGGCAGAAGAUGCCAAUUCCAAACAGCAACAACCAUUUGUGUCCACUGCACAACCUUUUGCAAAUCAAAAUGGACGCUUUACACAGGCAGGAUAUAAUCAGCAGCAACAACAGCAACAGCAGCAGCAAUGGAAUAACAACAUGCAAAUUCCUCAACAACAACAACAACAGCAACAACAACAACAAAAUAAUAUAUCAGGCCAGGGUUUCAAUACUUUUCUGAAUGAUCCAGCUGCUCAGAUGGGGCUUCGAUUCAGUCAAUCUGCAUUCAAUGCCUCUCAGCAGUACAUGCAGCAAAAUAUCAAGCAGUUUGUUAGCGAUGAAAACAUCAAAUACUACUUCAAGGUGUCGAAUUCGUACGUUUUGAAAAAACUUUUGCUGAUUGUCUUCCCCUACAGAAAUAAGACAUGGAUUCGCCAGUUUCGCACAACGACGGAUGCACAGGGAAAUUCUUUAGAAAUAUACUCAACUCCAGUCGACGAUUUGAAUGCUCCUGAUCUUUAUAUACCAUCAAUGGCUCUCAUGACUUACAUAUUACUCUGGGCAGUGAUGUCUGGAAUAAACGGAGAUUUCCAUCCGCAGCUUCUUGGUUAUGCACUCACUAGGACUCUUGCAUUCUACAUAGUAGAUAUCUUACUCUUGAAAAUCUCAUUUUAUGCCUUGAGCAUCAACUCAAAGCCUUCCAAAAUUUGGGAUCUUGUCAGUUACAGUGGUUAUAAGUUUGUCACGUCUCUACUUCUCAUGGUUGUCAAGCACUUCUUCUCUUCUUACUUUGUGAUUGCAGCGUUUUUCCUUGCAUUAAGCUUUUCCCUGGGCUUCUUUUUGAUGAGAUCGCUUAGAUAUGUCGUUCUUCCUAGUGGUAUGGACAGUGGUGCCAUUUCCCCUGGUAGUAAACGUUUGAGAACGCAGUUCUUGUUCAUGUACUCGUUUGUCAUACAAGCAGUGCUAGUUUGGUUAAUGGCUUAA